ACGCAUCCACCGGAACUGGGCAAAACACCCAGGCGGCCAGCGUACUGGGAGCAUCCGUGGCCACGCCCCUCUCGGCUUCCGUGACGUCGAACAAUGCUAGUGCCACGCAGCCCCAGGAUCCGAGGACCAAUUUUGCAGCUAUGCCUUUCCGCGGGAGACUCUGCUUUCUCCUGCAGGCGUUUGUUCUCCUUCUUGUCCCGUCCUACGGGCAGAAGGCAGAGGGUCCCCCUGCAGACGAAGUCCAGAUAGAAAUCUUGCACGUCCCCAAAGACUGCGAGCCCAAGAGCAAAAAGGGCGAUCUGCUCAAUGCCCAUUACGACGGUUACCUAGCUAGUAACAAGUCCAAGUUUUACUGCAGUCGCACACAAGACAAUGGCCAUCCCAAAUGGUUUGUCCUUGGUGUUGGCCAAGUCAUUAAAGGCUUAGAUAUUGCAAUGAUGAAUAUGUGUCCUGGAGAGAAACGAAAAGUUGUCAUUCCUCCUUCACUUGCCUAUGGAGAACAGGGCUAUGAAUCAGCAAAGAUUCCACCCAAUGCAACACUGAUCUUUGAAAUUGAACUGUAUGCAGUAACUAAAGGACCACGGAGUGUUGAAACGUUUUCUCAAAUAGACCUGGAUAGUGACAAAAAGCUUUCAAAGCAAGAGAUAAAUGAUUAUUUGAAGAAAGAAUUUGAAAGAGAUGGCAAAAAACGUGAUCCUUCUGUUCAUGAUAGUAUUUUGGUAGAUAUAUUUAAAAAGAACGACCAUGAUGGAGAUGGCUUCAUAUCUGACAAAGAAUACAAUGUCUACCAACAUGAUGAACUAUAAGAACACAUUGUUCAAAGGUCUACUUGUUGCUUUAUGGAUCUUGGUGUCCUGAUCUUGCAGUUUUCAUGGGCCAUGGAGCAUCCACAAGGAUUUCCCCAGUCAUCACAACUGAGUGACUUCGCUGCACUUGCUUCCCACUCUGAUGAAAUCAGUAUCAAUUCUCUUCAUAAACAAGCCUUUGUAGAUGUACCCAAAGGAAUCUAAAGCUCUGGCACUAGAUUUGAUGAAUCAAAGACACAUCGUACCCAAAUGUAUAAUGAAGCAGCCCUGUUGGUUUCACUGGGAUUUAUCCUUUAGAUUUAUAGCCACAUUUUAAAAUGCUUUUUGUGUUACAUACCAUUUUAUAUAAAUUCACUGUGGUAAUUUUUUAUACUUUUUUAUCAAGAUUAAAAUUUGUUUCAAUUAU